AUGGCUCCCAAAGGAGACGCUGUUUUAGCCUCUUGUUACACCAUCGACGGUGUUCCUCUCGUCCGCCCGGUCGAACUUUCCGACUACUCAGAGCCCCAGCCCUGCAUCCUCCUGGACCUAUCAGCACGUAUCGGUCUUCCACUCCACUUCAGCUCUGUCAAACCAGACCGUCGCAUCCAAUACACCGGCUCAGACACACACAUUGUCGAGGCACCCAACAAUGYGAUCUUGCACAUGCUCUCACUAGAGCAGCAACCAGACGGACUCAUGGUGUUCUCAGAAGUUACAGGUACUCCACGGCCCGACAUCUUGAUUGCACGUGCCGAUGGCCAGGCGCUACAGACUAAAAUCGUUCUACUAAUGUGGAGAUUUGUAUCGGACACACUCAAGAUUGCGGGAGCAGAGCACCUCUUAGACGAUGAGAGGCAAGUCAAGUUCUUCGGCGAGAUGACGCCUGGAAAGUUCGUGGAGUGGUGGAAUACGUACGAUGGAGCGGAUGGGGAAUGUCCUGUGAAGCUGUGA